AUGAAUAACGAUGAAAUUGUCUCGGAUAUUAUUUCAUUGAUUCACUCGGAUACGCAAUCCAGUUAUGUGAUUUGUUCAAAAGUUUCAUCGAAAAUCUUCGCUUACUUGUCGCAAUUACAAUUUCAUGAAAACCAAUGGAAUGAAUUGAUUGCAGCAACUGAGCACUUCGACCAAAAUAUUGAUCACCCUGAUCUUCAACAAUUUCGACAAUUGCUCACAACCAUUAGCCACUGUGCAAAUGAUUGUGAAGAACGAAAUUAUACAUUGGGACGAGAUAGAAAUACGCUGUUCGAUUCCAUUAAUCAGCUACGAAAUUUGCUGAAAUCGCAUGUUAAUCUUCGUUGUGUUUUACUCAAAAAACUAAUUAAACAGGAAGAGAUACAGUUACAGCUGAUUGAUCUCAUGAAUUUAACCGGAAUGAAUGUUGGAAGUGAUAUUCACGGAGUUCUUUGUGAUAUUGUUUAUCUCAUGUGCCAAAUCGAUCCGACAUAUGCCACAAUGAACAAUUCUGCUCUGCAUGAUAAUUCCAAACCUACGGUCUUAUCGGCUUUGAGUCUCCUAUCUACACUUAUAUUCACAAAUGAAUCAUUUCCAGUGCACACCGCUGGUCAAUUAACAAAUACUAGUUUCUUAAAAUCAAUGUUUGAAUUGAUUGAGACGAAUCACGAAGAUGAAGAUUUAGUAUUUGCAUCAAUUAAAUUCUUGCUAUCAUUCAAUCUACGCUUUGAAUAUCCGCACAAGAACCCUCUAAUUGAAACAUUAUUGAGUAUUAAUGAAGAAAUUUCCUCUCGCGAAUUAAUCGAACGGCUGAUUUUCUUAUUCAAUCGCAGUAUUGAUCCGACCGAACACAAAACAAUCAAUUCAAUAAUAAAACUUUUUCAAGACUUAUUUGAUGAUGAAAAUUCCUCCAGUGAUAUUUUAUUAUCGGAUUCUAAUCGACGGUUGAUUAUCGAAAUCAUUAAACUUUUGCUUCGUUCGCAAACAAUUACACCGGAGACAUGCACACGUAUCGAUGAACUUCAGACAACAUUUCGAUCGUAUUUGUCAUGUGAAACUUGUUUGCAUCAGAAUCGUUUUAUCAUUGCUGAAAUCAUUGGAAAACAUUCAUGUUUCUCAUCUGAAUAA